AUGACGCCCGAUGUCGCAGUCCCCCGCAGCGAGCUCGGCGUGCAGAUGCUUUCGCGCGAGCUGCACUGCCAGAUCUUCAAAAAAGGCAUCUUUCCCCACCCCGGACCCUGCCUACGGCGAGGGGAUGCGGAGCUCGGGACCUCUGGUAAGCGCUGGGAGGUCCUCACCUCGGCGAACGCGUUCGCGGACGUCGCGCAUCUCCAUUGCGGGAUCGAGAUGGACAAGGAGGUCCGCAACGACUUUAUGACGCCCACGACGUGGGAGAGUUUGGAGUAUUCUCCUAUACGCUCGAGCUUCCUCACGGUCAACGAGUCCUGGAAAGAGUACCCUGAAAGCGCCGAGCGCAAGUACAAGGAGCUCGAGGAUCACCAGAUUUCGGACUCCGUGCCGAAUGUGGGCGGUGAGGAUAGACGUUUCUACGAAAGUGCCCGCUUGGUACCGCCGGAUCCUGAAGGAGGGUCCCUGUCCUCGUCCGUCAUCAACAGCACCCUCCCCCUCCUCCUGAAAGUACCCUCCGACGGCCACCCACUGCGCCGAGACAAAACUAUCGGAUGGCACCAUGUGGCCGACGGCGAUCAGGCCCGCCUGACCACGGGGUUUUCGAAAAAGGUCCUGACAUCGCUCAACAGGGAUCACGGCGCGCGCGCGUUUGGCGUGCCCCGAAAACUGGACUCUGCGGAUGAUCGGCUGGCCCUGGCGAUCUCGUUGUGCAGGGAGACUCUUCUGGUCAACCGAAGCCCCUCCAAGAAGGUCAAGAAGGUCCCGGCUGCAAAGCCUACCCCAGUCUACUGGCCUGCGUUGUACUGGGGCUUGACCAAGCCAAAGAGAGACUUGCGCCCGGGCACGAUCGACCUCUCGGUGCGCACCCGCAUCGCGUUGCGCUUGCUCCGCCUUUCGUGGCUUGGCUGCCCGCUCUUCAACUCGCGGGAGCCCGGCUGGACGUUCCGCGUCCCCCGCGCCUCCGAGCUCAACUUUUACCAGCCCAACGACGAGCAUCUCAAAGGGAUUAGCGAGGGCGGCGGGUUUGUCUUUGAAAAGCUCCCGCACAAGGUCGGCGAAAAUAUGGUCACUAUGGGCACUGGCGAUCUGCAUUCCAAGACCGCGAGCGUCUUGGGGAUCUCGCGCGAUCAGGCGAAAGUGUUCGAUUACUCGCGGAUCUACGGGGCUGGCAUGCGGCACGCGGUGCUGCUUCUUAUGCAGACGAAUGAGGGAAUGCUGCCGGAGCAGGCACAAGCCCUCGCGGAGCGUAUCUCUGCCCAGACCAAAGGGAAGAAUACUCAUCGGCAAGCUCUGUUUGGUCGGAAGUUCUGGUAUGGCGGCACCGAGAGUUCCGUGUUCAACAAGCUCGAAGAGAUCGCGCUGUCCGACUCAACCCGAACCCCCGCGCUAGGCUGCGGUAUCACGCCUCCGCCAAAAGCCACACCUCUUCGCAGCAGCCGUCGCCUACCCCGUCUGUUGGUCCUUUGA